AUGUUCGGUUACGAUGGCUUUACCAAUUACAGGUUGGGUGACCCUUCCAAUGGGCGUCUAUAUAUAUCCAAAGACGUCAUUUUCCAGGAGGAUCUUCACCUUAUGGAUCCGUCGGCCCCAGCCACUGGGCACCCGAAGACCCUACCCACGGCGGCCCGUCAGGCGGCUGCAGCGAUUCCUUCGCCGAUUCCUUCGCCGACUCCUGGCCCGAUUCCUUCAGUUAAUGACCUAUUCAUCGAUGAAGAAGUCCAACCCCUCCGUCCGCUAUUCCUAGUUCCCACCAAUAAUUGGUGGAUAGACUAUGAAAUAUCAGCGAGAAUACCGACCUUUUUGGUGCAGAAUACACCGAUUUCCCCUAGCCCUCCUAUUGAGAUUGAGGAUACCCCGACAAUUACAGGGAAUAACGAUUCAGUGGGGGAAUCUUCAGUGGGGGACGGUUCCGAUGAUCUGCCUUCCGAUCCCGAGAUAUAUGGGUUGCCGAUUCCGAAGAAUCUCACGCGCGCUAAGGCUUCCCCUGAGUGGAAGUUCUACUAUAAGGCCUGCGUUAAAGAGGUUAAUCGCUUAAAGCAAAUUGGGGCCUGGCGAUUAAUUGAAAGAACCCCUAAUAUGGCGGUCCUUCGGGGCCAAUGGGUGUUCGACAAAAAGUUCAAUAAUAUGGGCAAAGUAGUCCGCUAUAAGGCCCGCUGGGUGGUCUGCGGCAAUUAUCAACAAAAGGGUGUCAACUAUUCGAAGACCUUUGCACCCGUCGUUUCCGCCUCCACGUCCCGAGCUCUCAUGGAAAUCUCGGCAUCCCGAGGGUGGCACGUUCUGCAAAUCGAUAUGGUAACCGCGUUCUUGAACGCCCAACUGCCGGCCGACGAACGGAUAUAUAUGAGCCAGCCUACGGGCUUCCGUGAAGGUCGUGGCGAUCUUGUUUGCGAAUUAAUGCAGGGACUCUACGGUCUUAAGCAAGCAGCGCUUUUAUGGUAUGAGGAACUGCGAAAAAUGCUAUUGCAGUCAGGCUUCCGUGUCAGUCCUUACGAUGCUGGACUGUUCAUUCAUGACGCGAGAAAGGUCUAUAUGACUGUAUACGUGGAUGACGUACGCCUAUACGGCCCGAAGAUCGAAGAUCUCAACUGGGCCAAGGCCGCAAUCGCCGCUAAUUACGAAAUCAAGGAUGUGGGCGAUUCGAACCGAUAUUUGGGCAUGAAGAUUGAGCGGGAUUCGACCUCCCUUACGUUGUCCCAACCCCUAUUUAUUACGAAUCUUCUGGAGGAAUUCGCUAUGGAUGACUGCCACCCUACGUCUACUCCCAUAGAGGAGAACGUUGAUUUCAUGAAUGACAAUGAGGAACCGGUCGCUUAUACGGCGGAAUUUACCCUACGCUCCUAUCAGUCAGGCAUUGGAUCCCUGCAAUACCUUGCGACCAAUACACGUCCUGACGUUAGCUUUGCAGCAGGCUUUCUAGGCCGAUUCAGCGCCCGCCCUACCUCGAAGAAUUGGGCCGCUUUCAAACGUACGCUCCGCUACUUGCAGGGCACGAUUAAUGCGGCUAUUUUAACCUACUACAAAGACGCCGAUAUCGAACCCGUGGCGUACGCCGAUGCCGAUUGGGCCGGUAGGGAUCCGGGAUCCCGCUCAACUACCGGCUACAUCAUAUAUAUGGCGGGGGGCCCCGUCGCCUGGCGAGGCUGCCGGCAGACAGGGGUCUCCAAAUCAUCAACCGAGGCCGAAUAUAUCGCAUCCUCCGAAGCCGCAUAUGAGCUCGUCUGCCUACAGGAGCUCCUAGAAGAUGCCGGUUUCGUGCCGUCCCGCCUCAAUAAUCUGGAUGCCGACGAUCACCCCAACCCACCUCCGGCGAAUGGCCUUGCUUAUACGAUUCAUGCCGAUAACAAGUCUGCCAUCGAGCUAUCCUCUUCCGAAGCGAUUCCGCGCCGAUCGAAGCAUAUAGAGGUCCGAUUCCAUAUCCUUCGGGAUCUCGUCCGCAAGAAUGAGAUAUCGAUCCGGGGGUUACUAUGGUGA